UCAUCCCCUCUGCACCUAGACGCACCUAUUUCCGAUAGGCAGGCGGAGGCGCUCCGGACGCACAACAGAUCUCCCUACUCCACAUCACGGUCCUCUUCCCCUCCGGCGACUCCAGCGCGGCGGCAAGGCGGCAAGCAAGAUGGAUUGGCAGGGGCAGAAGAGCGCGGAGAUGCUGAUGCAGGUGCUGCUGGUGGCGUCAGCGGUGGCGGCGUUCCUGGUCGGGUACGCGAUGGCCGACUUCCAGCUCAUGCUGCUCGUGUACGCCGGUGGGGUGGUCCUCACGGCGCUCGUCACCGUCCCCAACUGGCCCUUCUUCAACCGGCACCCGCUCAAGUGGCUCGACGCCGCCGAGGCUGAUCGCCACCCCCGCCCGCAGAUCAGCAGCGCACCAGCAACCACCGGGGGUAAGAAGAAGACCGGGAAGAACAAGUAGUCAUGUUACUUACUGGUCCAUGUGUCGCAGACAUGUUUCAUGAUAUCAGUUGCUCAACUUCUGAGUAUGACAUGCUAGAUGUUGUGUUACCUGAAUGUUUUAUGACAAAAAAAUUAGCUUC